AUGGCAGAAACUGGAAACAUCAAUGACCCAUCAUACCUCAGGAUAUGGACGGAAUCCAAGAACCUCGAGAAAUAUGUUGAAGCUUCUGUGACGCCCAACGAAGUAAGGCGAGUGAACCAAGUUACGGCAAGCAAGGCUGACUUCGCAUAA